AUGCCCGUACCAGACAGUGAUACGGCCCAUUAUGAAGGAUGGCCCACGAAAAGCCCUAGCCCAUCUGAGAACUGUUGUCCCCAAACCCCACUCUUCUCUCUCUCUCUCUCUCUCUCUCUCUCUCUCUCUCUCUCUCUCUCUAUCGCUUCUUCGCUCGCAGGACCAUUUUCGGCUUCCCCGGGACUGAGCGAGGAGGAGAAAGGGAGGGAGGCGAUGGGUUGGACAAGCGCGAAGAUCUCGUCGGUCGCUGCCCGCGUCUACUUCUUCCUCAUCAUCCUGCAGAUCCCGCUCUUCAGGUAAGAACACUGCCUGUCCCCUUUUUCCGCGGCCUUCGUCCCUCCUGAUCUUCCAUCUUCUCCAUCCCCGGGCACUGUAAAUCUGGCUCCUUCGCCGUCGGACUUCAGAAACCCUCUUCUGACCGCCGCUGGUCUUCUGCCUUCUGUGUGGAUAUCGCUUCACCCACCCCCCCCCCCCCUUCGCAACCUAGUUUUGCUCAGGAAGAUGUUUGUCCGAAUACUUGUUUGAAGGGGACAACACGCAUUUCACUGGAGCUUAUGGUGAAUCUCAAUCAGGGGGCUCUGGCAAACCCUGUAGGUCCGUUGCUUCAACUCGACGCGGGUUGGAUGGGUGGGACAAGAAGCCACUCACCGUUCCAGGAAUCCUGCUCUUCUUUCGUGAUGUUUUAGAAAUCCUUGUUCUUCCACGACCGAUGGUCUUCUUCAUAUUAGCUUGGUUGGAGGAGGGUGAUUAUUUCCGGCUUAAAGGAGACACCUUUUAGGAUCGUAAAUUCUGCCGGGGCUGAAUUUCCUCCCAAGCGUCAGAGACCUUGGGGCUUCACUUUCAUGGGGGGAAGAAGCUGAUGUGAAUAAAGCUUCGGCGGCUCACCAUGGAAAACCCAGAUGAUGCGUGGUCCUAGGAAGGAAGAAGUAUAAUUUUUUUCAUCUUAUCCGGCCAUUUUAACCUGAUGAUGGGUUCUCACGUUCCAAGAAAUACCUUACUCCUCCGUCACCAUGUCCCACACUUCGUGAUUAUAUUCCUUGGCUUGAGCUGUGGGUUCUUGUUCUUAAUCCGCUCGCAGGGACUCCUACCUGUUCAUAUCUUAAUAUUUUCUAAGAGACGAGCAUGGAACUAAGCCGAAUGCCUACAAGUUUUGUCCUCCGUAGGCUGCCCUCCUUUUGCUUUUUUUUUCUCCGCACGCUGCACUAUCUGGGAGAUGGGUGGUGUGUAAAUCAGGUGUCCGAUCUUAGAACCUUGAUCUUGUCGAUGAACGCUAGUUCAACCAGUACGAAGCAUGGUUCGCGAAGGCCGCUGCACAUCGUUGCCGGAAAAGACACAGGAGUAACCAUUCUUUCCGGUGCUUGCUUGGGCAUCAUCAAAUUAAUAUGCUUUGAGUAGCUUCUUUUUCUAUGCAUUACUGUGGUUUUCUAACUCUCUCUCUCUCUCUCUCUCUCUAGAAUACCAUGCAGGUCAGGGAUGUGUAAAACCCCGAUGGAAGUGACUUGCUCCCAGUUACUGGCGAACGAGAUCUUCCCACCGGCUCUGGUGAAGGCCCUUCUCUACCCUGGAGCUCUCGUCAGCGGCCUAGUCUCCAACAUGGCCGUUCCCGGCUGGGACGACGUGCUGCAGAUCUACAACCUGACAGAAGUGAAGAAUUCUUCCCCAGCACCCGAUCUGCAGCGCCUCGAGGUUCCUUCUCUGCCGCUACCCAAUGCCACCUCCUUCUUCCCUCCUCCAAGACGAGGGUUUUCGUAGUUCUUUGUCCCUCAUCCUUCCUCUGCCGUUUCCGCCAGGUGCUCGCAGGGAGCUACUUCUCUGUGGCGGGCGCCGUCGUGGGGCUUCUGAAGCCGGGGAGGAUGACCCUGUUCGGAGUUCUCCUCGUAGUCUGGGGCCUGCUCAAGGAGGGCUUCCUGGGUAAGCCCCAGAAUACGGACCCUGCCGCGGCUCUCUACGUCUACCCUACGAUUUUGGUCGCCCUGGUGUGCGCCUUCUCCUCCAUAAGAUACGACGUGAAGAAGGUCACCAGGAGGAAUCAGCCUCGCCCCAUCGCCACGCCAUUGCAGAGCUCGGCCAAGUCCAAGCUCAAGUGA